AUGAGCGUGGGAAAGAUCAGAAAUCGAAGAAGCUGCGCAGACGUUGCUGUCUUGGUGCUUGGUUCUGAAAAGUGGGCAAACGGGCUAAAAGAAUGGAAAGGCAGCGGGAAGGAUCCAGCGGACGGAUCCUGCGUUGCAACGCUCGCGAUCGAGGUUCUCAGGACCAGCCAGAGUGCAAUGGAAAUAGAGCACUUGUCCCAUCAACCCAAGAGUCUCGGAAUAGCAGAGGAAAUCGGGGAAUUGAGGAGGUGGAUGGACGCCUUCUCGAAGGGCGGUCGUUGA